AUGGAUGGCUAUGUUGGUUUUCAUGCUGCUUUAAGGCACUCCUACAAUGGCUUUAUAAAUGAUCUUGCCAAACAGUGCAAGCAAUUGGUUCGGCACCAUCUUGAUUCGGUUACAAGCCCAUAUUCUCUGGUCUAUUGUGAAAAUGAUUUUCUGGGCAGUUUUGGUUCAGGUGCAAAUUCGCUUUAUAGAUUCAACCAAGCCUUAGCUGGUUCACUAUGUCUGGAGCUAUCUGAUGGGGGGGCAGCAUUGCGCAAUGAAACUAAGAAAAACCAAGAGAACAUACCUCCAGAAAAAAAUGCACAGGAAACCACACCAGGAAAAGUUACAGAAGCCAGAGAAGCUCUUCAAGAAAGCCUAAUGACUGUGCCCGAGACCCCAUCACCUGAUCAGCCAAGUGAUGGAAAUUAUGGAAUUAAGAGGGAAUUUGGAAACUGUAUUGAGAUUGGGGCUAGAAAACGGCAUCCUAGACCUCAGGGAAACAGCAGGAAUGUGGAUUUAAGAGGCCAAAAUGGUGGUGGUUUUUUAUUUGGGACUAGUGAUACCAAUUCAAGAUCAGGCUCAGCUUACUCAGAAAUUUGUUCAUCAGCAGCACAGCACUUUGCACGCAUACGUGAAGUUCUGGUAGAGCAGAGUGUGACAUCAACUUUGAACUCUGGCUUCUUAUCCCCUUGCUUGGAUCGGCUUGUGGUGUUACUUGGAUUGGACUUGUUUGCUGUCAAUGACGAGAAAUUCAUGGACAUGUUUGUUGCACCUGGAUCAAUGGAAAUCCUUCAGAAUGAACUGCUGUCUCUGCAGAAGCGACAGAAAAUACUGCAUUCUUGCCUGAACGAGUUCAAAAGUGUGGCCCGGUCACUUUAAUGGGAACCUCCCCUUUCUGACCAACCUUCAUUGACACCAGGAGGACGGAUUUUAUUUGUCUCACAACUUGUGAACUUGCGUAAAAUGUUCAACUGGAGUUUCAUAACACUCUCUGUCAGGGUUAGUCAGUUGCUUGAUUGGGUUUGUAAAUAUCAUUUACU